ACGUACUAAACGUAUAUCGCGCUAUCAAAUGUCCAGCCCUAUAGACGAGCCUGCCUGCAGACUCUCGGUGCUGAAAGACGAAGAACGAGUAUCCUCGGGUUCGGAAUUGGACAGUGUAUAUCCGCUUGCAGAGCCCAAUCCGACGGGUGCCCAUGAGGCGAAUGCCAGGGAUGUGGG